AUGGCCUCUUCGACCCCGCUGUCUUCCCCUUUCUCGCCUUCCCAAGCGUACGGCCUUCCUGCAACUGACGGAGCUUCGCUUCGCUGCGUAGCCUCUGCCGAAAAAGAGGCAGGAGACACGCGCGAGAUCCUAGCGGAACGAGAAGCGACGAGGACGCCGGCAGACGCAGACGAGGCUUCCUUGGCUUCCCAGCUUGUGGAGGAACUGGAGAAAGUGAAGAAGCUCUUUGCCAAAGAACCUUACCCCGGAAGCGCUCUCGAAUGGUGCCUUUUGAAUCUCCCCAGAAAACCACACCUUCUCCGAGACCAGGGACUUGAAGAAGACGAAGACGAGGAGGACGACUGUGAAGAUGAGGAAGAAGACAGUGAAGAAGAAGAAAGUGAAGAUGAGGAACAUGCAGAAAGAGAAGCCGGAGAGGGAGAAAAGGGAGGAGACAGCGACCAACACGGCGGAGGGCUGCCCGGGACUGGGGGGCAUCUUUGUGUCUUUCGCGGAGCGGAGGAGGACGUGGAUGGGAGGAAGGUCACCGCUCCGGCAUGUAUGUACACGACAAGUCGAUAUGCUUCUUCUCACUCCUCUUCUCUUCCCUUUUCUCAUACCUUCUCUGCUCUUGUGUCUGCCACAGAAAGCCGAACAGGCUCCUUGAGUCGACAGAGCACUGCGGCAGACAUGUCCGCAAAGGGUCUUGAAGCCCCAACGCCACUUCCGACCGCGGGCGUGGACACUGUGUCUCCGUCGCAGCUAGCCACUCAGGAGGGAGACCCGGGCAGAGGCUCCAGCGCUGAAAGUUUCUUUCAGUCCGAGUUUUCCGCUGCCUCGUCAGCCGUUCCCCAUACGACGCUCUCUCCUUCUUCCGUCUCCUCUCGAGCUUCCUCUCCGUCAGCCUGUCCUCCUGAAGUUGGAGGGCAAGAAAGACAGGCUGAGCUUUGCCUUCCCAAGGCGGCUUCAGACAACGAUGAAGGAGCAGAAGAACAGACAGACGAAGAGUGUCGGGAGGAGACAGACGAAGGAAACCGACAAGAACAGGAGACAGCAGAGAGUGAUCCCUUGCAUUUUCACGUUCUUCCGUCUCCUCUGAGUCAUGGAAAGGUGGGUUCGCGCGCGCAGCUGCUCCUCGCCUCUGCCGCUUCUCUCGAGUGGCACACCCCAGCCACUGUCAUGGAAGAAGAGGAGGCAGUUCCUCGUGACUCUGAGAGAGAAGAGAACUCGCUGAGGCAGAGAGCUGGAGCGAGAGCGAACGCGUCGACGGUCAAAAGCGAGGAAGAGAAUGACGCGUUGAGUGGAGAGAAGAGAGAGGGAACAAUGACCAACAAACAGGACAGCGAAACAGACUUUCCAACAUACUGGAGCCUUGAAAGAAGAGGAGAAAACAGUGAAGAGAGGGAACACGGGGAAGAGUCACGCGUUGUCCGCAAAGAGAGGCUGGAUCAGCUGUGCAAGGCAUCCGGGGACAAAAACACCACCGGUGCGUCGUUCGCCAAUACUUUGAGCUCCGUGUCUUCCUGUGUUGCUUCACCUCCUUCUUCCUUCUCUUCCCGUCCUUCCCUCGACUUGUCCUCUCCGUCGGCCCUCUCUGGAGGUACGGACCAGGGGAGGCCGGUCUUCGCCUGGUCUCCGAACACUGAGGAAGCUGAGGACACAGAGACGACAGAGAACGACACCAUCGAGAAGAUUUCUGCAAAUGCUCCCCGUGCAUUUACGCGCCCUACCCCGUCUUCUUCCUUCUCGUGUUCUACGUCAGCAUGUGCAGGUGAUUCUUCUUCGGCGCUGGUUUCUGUUCCUUCUUGCCCAGCUCAGGAGGACCCUUUCCUUGGCGUCCAAGGAGCCGACUGUGUUCAGACAGCCUGUGAGGCCAGGAGAGAAACUCUGUCUCCAGCGUCAGACACACCGAAACCGUUUUCUCUGGAGAAGCACAGCUCUGCAGAGGAGGAGAGUGUCGCCGACGCAAGCGUCUCGCCGGUCGAAGAAGGCGAGCUCUGCUUCCACAAUGCCUCGUUUCCAAUCGAAAACGGGAGUUCGUGUCUUGCUGAGAGUGCGUCUUUGGAAAAGGACAGAGACACCGUGUCUCCCUUUUCCCCGAAGGCGAGGGAGGCAGGGCAUCUUGAUUCAGAAGAGCCUGUCCCUGGCGUUGACCCCUCACAGCGGGAGCUGCAGAUAAGCUCCGACGGUGGACAACAGGAAGAGGAAAGAAUCCAAGAGGCGCCUCACCGGAUCAGAGAAGCGGAUGAAGAACCACAUCAAAAUAGUCGAGAAAACCAAGAAAUGACUCCUGGACAAGAAGCAAAAGUCCCUCCCGGAAGCUUUGCCGAGGUCUGGCAAGACUGGACGGCCACAAGUCAGCUCGUUAUCGGAGCCCGGCGCAUUGCGGUGUAUCGCCAGCGGGGCGCCGUUGCGUCUCCGAGCUUGCAGGCGAGUCCCCUGCCGCUUUCUCCCGAGUUGUCGAAUUCAUCUGCUGCCGGUGAAAGGGAAAAAAACCGAGAAGCAGGAGUAAAUGCGUCUUCUUCGGGCCGGGGAGAAAACAGAGAAGUGCAGGGACAGGAAGCCCCGAGAGAGACUCCGCAGGGAGAAGAAGACGAGCGCGCGGUAGGGCCGAGGACGAGAGAAGGAAAAGAAGAGAAGGAAGCCUGUGGAGAGAGAGUGAUAGCCUCGAAAGGAAACGAGAGCAACGGAGACUUUGUAUGUGCUGAAGAAGAGAGACAGAUACACAAGAGCGAGGCAGGGAGCAAAGCAGACGGACACGACGGAGAAGGUGUGAGACGAGCAGUGAUUUCGUAUCGAGCAUUCAAGAAACUGAGGACGCGUGUUCCACCCUCCUUUGCGCCCUUUUUCACUCCGGCGACGUAUGUACAGCUGCUGCGGGAUCUGGGUGGCCACACAGACUGCCAGCUUUUGAUUCGCACGCUGCUUAACGCAUCAUUUAAUCGCUUUUUGCGACGCCAGUGCGAGGCCUUUGUCGACGGAUCCAGGCGACUCACGAAAGCGAAUUUCAAGCGAAUGCUGGAAGCGUGGUGCGACGACUCCACGCAUCUCGCCCUCGCCGCCUUGAAGCAGCAAGAUGCAGAGUCGCAGCCGGGAUUGCUCGAGUUCUUCAUUUCCUACAUCGCAGAGAGACUGUUCUUCAUGCUCGACCCCGACCGCACAGACUCCAUCAAAGUUUCGGAUCUCCUCAAUCUCCCGGAAUACGAAAAAUUCAUGGACAUCGUCUACACGCCGCUCGGCACAGAGUUCGCCGAUUGCCCUCAGCAGCUUCAGCCGCAAUUCGCCUUUGAUAUUUUCUGUUUUCUCCGAGAAGAAAGCGGCGUUCUGUCGGAAGCCGUCCUCGCCUCUUUGUGCGAUGCACUCCGCACUCACAUCUGCGCCCAAACGUACCAUGUGUCUCCCAUUGUCCUCAGUCGUCUUUUUGCCUCUUCCUCAAUUCAACUUCGCUACCGCAGUCUCUCCCCUGGCACCAUUUCUCCAGCAUCUGAGCCUGGGCUCUCCGCUGACGAGUCUGCGUCUUUGCCUUCGUCGCCCUGCGAGGAGCAAGCAGAGUCCCAGGGAGAGGGGAAGAAUGCGAGCGCCGCAGAAGCUUCAAAAGUCGAAAGUCGACCUCUGGAUCGACUCGCGACAGACAAAGAGGAGACGCGAGUCGCCGCGGCAGGCACUGAAGACUCUGCCUCUCUUCUGCAGCUGCCCGCUCCCUCGCCAGCCGUUUGGGAUGCCUUGACGGCGGAAACCUCGCGUGGCGAGGAGGCGACAGAGAAAAACAAAUCUGAAGACGAGAGCGCGCUGGAAGAGGACGGGGACGACGGAGACAGGCGCAGGAACGAAGGAGAACAACGCCAGGUUGUGCCUGUCUUGGAGAGAGAAGAACUGUUUCGUUUUCUCUUCACUCUCGAGUUCUGCUCGUGCGUCUGGGCGGAAGAUCCCGCGAAGAUUCGCCUGCUGCCGCCUUCGUGCAUUGCCUCUGCGCUCUCCUUCGCGUGGAAGUUGCUGGACGUGGAAGGAAAAGGAUUCGUCGGAGUUGCGGACGUUCAGAUUCUCUGGAAGGCUAUUUGCUUAGAGCUGAAGACAACGGGCCUCUUCCCCUUCAUCGACGACCUUCCCGAGGACUCCGUUGAACUGGAGCUCUUCGACAGGCUUCGCCCAGUCGGAAAAUCUUUCGUUACUCGCGAAGAAUUCUUGAGAAACCACACGGAGUCGCGCGUCUUCGCCAUGUACCUCCUCUCGCCGACGUUCUUCUCUCUCUUUGAGCAGCGCGAACGUAUUCCUGGGGCUCCGCUUCUGCCAGGGCGUCCUGUCGCGCCUUUAUAG